CGGCCCGCCGCCCGCGGCCGCGCCUCGGCACCAUGUCUCGAAGAUAUGACUCCAGAACUACCAUCUUUUCUCCGGAAGGUCGCUUGUAUCAGGUUGAAUAUGCCAUGGAAGCAAUUGGACACGCAGGUACUUGCUUGGGAAUUCUAGCAAAUGAUGGUGUUCUGCUAGCAGCAGAGAGACGCAACAUUCACAAACUUCUCGAUGAAGUCUUUUUCUCAGAGAAAAUAUACAAACUCAACGAGGAUAUGGCCUGCAGUGUUGCUGGGAUAACUUCAGAUGCCAAUGUUCUGACAAAUGAACUGAGACUGAUCGCGCAGAGAUACCUGUUACAGUACCAAGAGCCUAUUCCUUGUGAACAACUGGUAACAGCACUGUGUGAUAUCAAGCAGGCUUACACACAGUUCGGAGGAAAACGUCCUUUUGGUGUUUCUCUUCUGUACAUUGGCUGGGAUAAGCAUUAUGGAUUUCAGCUCUAUCAAAGUGAUCCUAGUGGAAAUUAUGGAGGAUGGAAAGCUACAUGCAUUGGGAAUAAUAGUGCUGCAGCUGUGUCAAUGCUAAAGCAAGACUACAAAGAAGGAGAAAUGACCUUAAAGACUGCACUUGCAUUAGCCAUUAAGGUUCUAAACAAAACCAUGGAUGUUAGCAAGCUCUCUGCAGAGAAAGUUGAGAUUGCAACACUGACAAGAGAAAAUGGAAAGACGGUAAUAAGGGUUCUGAAGCAAAAGGAGGUGGAGCAGUUGAUAAAACAACAUGAGGAGGAAGAAGCAAAAGCUGAACGUGAAAAGAAGGAAAAGGAACAAAAGGAAAAAGAUAAAUAGCACAUGAAAUCAGGUGUUCUGUAGAUAGCAUAGGACCUGCUUCAGUAAAAGAUAAUCCGGAUUUCUGUUUCGUAGAAGCCUACAAAUAUGCCAUGGAGGACCAAGAAUACUCUUGAUGAGCCAGGUCCUUAAUCAUCAUUCAGAUAAUUAGUUUACCACUCCUUACACUGAAAAAUAAUUGCUUUAAUUCUUGAACACUUUCUUUUGUCUCUAUUUUUUAUUAUGGAAUAAAAUUAAGAAGAAGAGUAAUGGGUGUCUUUAUUUCCUGAGUAAUACCUGGGUAUGUACAACUUUGAAAGAAUUUACUUGCUUUCAGGUAUUAAAACAAGCUAUAUGCUACUUGGUGAAGAAGUACAGUGUUGAAAUUGUUAGAAUUUUAUGUGUAUGUGUAACUUUUUUUUUAAGUAGUGAAAAGGGCUCUUAAUUUCUGAAAAUCAUUUGUGAGGCAUUUUCACAAAUGCAGAGUUGGAGUGUGCUGGCAUGCCUAGUUUAAUUUUGGCCAGUUUUGUUUUCUAACAGGCUAUGUCAAGCUGAUGUUCUUAAAAGCAGUAGUUUCGAACAUGCCCUGUAGCAGACAUGUUCAGUUUAUCAUAGGCUAUCAUGACUGUAUGCGUUUUAUAAGAAAUUAGUCAUAUCACAGUAGUUAUUUUCACACAAGUUAGAAAGACAUUUUACAAAGGCCACAUGAAAAUGCUAAGCUAACUAUACAGUAGUCUUUGUUAACAUAUAGAAAGUUAAAGGAGAUGUUUUGGCAUGUUUUUAGGCCAUGUUGACUAUUUUGCAUUUUAUCCUGAAAGGAAAAGGAGUAUUUUAUAUUCUUUAGUUUAAUKUUAAUGUAUUUCCCUAAAGAAUUUAAUUCCCUUUUCUAAACUGUUGUCUGUCAGAGAACUAACUAAACAGUUAAUGUCUUGGGAAAUCAUAAUAUUUAUACAUGGACUAGAAAUUUGAGGGUUUUUGUUGUUGUUGUUCCAUUUGUCCCUAUCCCUCUGCUGAAUGCAAAAUAAUUCAAAAUGUGAUUUUGAGAUGAAAUAAAAUCUCUCCUACUUCUGAGGGAAAUGGAUCUAGACUUAAGUCAAAGUGAUGUAAAAAGUUACUGAAACUUGCUCCCCUUGAGUUAACAGAAGCAGAUUGAAAAUCUCAGCUCAUUGACAGAAUCUUAAUAAUCUUAAUAGAGACUUUUUCUGCUUAACUUAAACUUUCAGCUUUAACCUUCAACUUUGGUUACCUCACUAAACGUUGAAGUAGCUUCAAAUUUAACCUUCUGUGACUGAGUGAGAUUGUACUCUAGGGAUGUCCUUUUUAUUCCCCCCCCCCCCCAAAAAAAGUCAUAUUUAAGGCAUUUGAUAUGAUUACUUAUAGAAUCUGAGUAAAUGCAUACUGUGUUUUAUUAUAAUCUGCCCCAGACACUUUGGCCUGAUAAAAGGUACUUUGCCCCCAAAUGGCCAAGAAUUGCCCCUAGUCUCAACAGACCCCGUUUCUGGUCUCCCUGCUGUAAGAGUCAUUGUUGAGAAGAAUCUGAGCUCUCUGCUGUAGCCUGCGUGGACGGGGCGCCGUCUGUAGAGACACGUACAGAGACCUGGGUCCUGCGUAGGCUGCAGCCGCUGCUGAGUGGUUUUGUAGGUCUCAGUGUGGGACAACUGCUUCAGUCCCAUACUUAGACUGUAUACAGCCCACUUUGUAGUUAAUACAAGUUAGACUAAAUUUUAUUUGCGCCUUCUGCAAAGGAAGAUCCUUAUUUCCAAACAGUGAAGUAGGAGCAGUGUUUUGUGCAACAAGGCCUGAGUAGUGGCAGUCCUGCAGCAUACAGUGAGCAAGUUUUCGUUUCCAUUAUAAAGGGUUGUUGAAUACCUCAAGCUGGUUUUAUAUACAUAUAUUUUUUACAAAGUGCUCCAUUUCCUUUUGUUCUUUGAUACUAUGAAUGCAAUAUUUAAGCACUCUUGCCGAUUGCUAGAUCAUUCAUGAUGGUUGUUAUGUAAAGUGCUUGGAACAUGUCCUAAAAGCAGUAAUGCCAAAACGAUCUUUUUAACUUUGUCAGAGAUCAUUUAAAAUGUGGUAAACUCCAGCAAUGCUUUGUAUACAUGUCUUCUGGCAAUCCAUUAGAGCAGUUAAGUCAGGGCUCAUAGAUGUAUAUAAAUCACACAAGGCAAUCUGUUUAGUGUAUUAGUAGAAGUAUUAUUAGAUAGUUUAGGAUAUGUAUUUACUAUUUUUUUAAUGAUUCUGUUUCUAACAAUUAAAGAGGGGAAAGCAAAUACAUUUGGAUUUUGUUUAAAGAGUUACCGAUAGUAUUUCUUUGCCAAACACUGCAUCGUUUGCUGGUAAAGGAGAGCCUUGUAGCUACUGUAAUAAUCUAAUCUGGGAAUGAUUUAAAUAUCUUUUUAAUCUGUAUUCUGUUAUGUAUGGAAACAUAGUGAAAAGCCGUGUAGUUACACUACCUUUUAAAACAUUUUUAUGUAAAGGUUUUAUUUACAGAAAAUAAGAAUAUUGUGAAAUAUUCUAAGAGCAUAAUCUCUGAACAAUAAUUCAGUUUAAUUCAAAAAGUGCUGACUCCACUGAGUGCCAUUACUAGCUUACUGUGAGAAGAGUCUCACUACUGCCUUGGAAUAGACAAGUAACUGUAACAUUUCCAAUAUGCUGUACAGUAGUUGGCACUCAYAUCUAAGAUGUACAGUAAUGUUCUAAACUAGAUUUAAUUUCUGAUUCUUGGCUGUAUUUGAAUCUAGGACAGUAAACAGAUGCUGGAGAUCUUUUAUUGACUAGAAUCUUCUGGGGAUAUCCUUACACUAAUUGAAGUUUCUUACCUGUUUUUCCUAGGAAUAGAGCAGUGUUUGACUGCAUAGACCUAUUGUGUAGUUUCUAGCUUUGUGUAAAAAAAAAAAAAAAAAUACAAAAAGAAAAAUGAAAAAAAAAAACCACACCAUACUGCCUGUGCCUUUUCUGGGAGUAACUUGGGGAUAUGUCGUAAGAACAGAAAAAUGAUUUUGGCGAUAUGUUUGAGUUGUCUUUGCUAAUCAAAAUGAUCUUCCUAUCCUUUGUAUGUUUAUUUUUGGUGUAUGUAGUGGGAAGAGUUUAUAAUAUGUUAUAUAGUAUUUCAACUAUUUAGCUGUUGCUGUGGUUUAAAUGUUAUUUUAACACCAGAACUUCAUGUGGUGCUGUGGAAGGUGAUAUUUUUUUUUUUUUCAAAUUAGAUAACAGUAUUUACUUGAAACUGCUUGCAUAAUAAGUUGUUAGUAAAUUUAAGACUGGAUAGUUUAUAUCUYAUUUGAGUGCAUGAUAGAACUUAGGACAAGUAUUCACAAAUAAAUUGUCCUAAUAAACUGUAAUGUAUUUUGUUAUUCUAGGUAGUUUAAGAGAUAUAAUGAAACUAAUGCUUCUCCAGUAAUACCUGUGUUGUCUCUUGCAUCUGUCAUUGUUAUAAGUCAGCUUGUUCUCUAGAUGAUUAUAACUCUGUUCAAAUAAAGUCAAAUUAACUUCUAAGGCUACUUCAUAUAUGACUUACUGUAUUGYGCACUGAAAGACAAAAGAUUC